AUGGCGACCAUCGUUCCAACGCUCUUCUCUUUCGUUCGGGAUUCUUACAAGGGACGCUUUGAUGCGGCCACUUUCGAGAAAGAAGUUGGACGUGAUUUUGAUAAUCAGGAAAUUGCUCAAGCCAUUAAUAAGUACGAACAAGAGGCCAAAAACUUGAAAAACAAAGAUGAAAUUCGCAAAGUGAUUCAAUAUAUCGAUCUAACAACACUCAAUGGAGACGACACGGCUAGCAAAGUUGUUGCUUUGGCUAAAAGAGCUAUUAAUCCUAUUCCAACUGAUCCUUCGAUUCAUUGCGGAUCAGUCUGCGUGUAUCCACAGAGAGUCGCUGAUGUCAAGAAGUUCCUCACUGCCACGAAGCAAACCUGUCAUAUUACAGGAGUUGCUGGUGGCUUCCCAUCUGGUCAAUAUCAUUUGCAAUCUAAAGUUCUCGAAUGUGAGCUGACCGUUGCUGAUGGAGCGACUGAAAUUGAUAUCGUGAUCAGCAGAGCUGCAGCUCUUGAAGAGGAUUGGAAGACUGUUCAUGAUGAAGUUCUCGCGUGUAAGAAGGCAUGUGGAUCUGCCCAUCUCAAAACAAUUUUGGCUACUGGAGAAUUAAAAACUUUGAGCAACGUAUACAAAGCUAGUUGGGCUAGUAUUCUCGCUGGAUCUGAUUUCAUCAAAACCUCGACCGGAAAAGAAACUGUCAACGCAACAUUGGAAGUCGCUUAUGUUAUGUGCACUGCCAUCAAGCGCUGGUAUGAACUUACUGGCAAGAAGGUCGGAUUCAAGCCAGCUGGUGGAAUCAAAACUGUUGAUGAGGCACUCGGCUUUGUUGCUCUUGUGAAGGACAUUCUCGGUGAGCAAUGGCUGAACCCUACUUUGUUCCGCAUUGGAGCCAGCAGCCUUCUGGACGAUUGUCUCAAAGCUCUUUAA